AUGUACUCCGUACAACCCCUGCUUAUAUGGCCUUCAACCUCUAUUUUGGGGGGGCCUCUCCUAUUCGAGUCUUCUGGCUCCAGGUCGGCAUUGCCUCGAAGCAAAGGAAAGCGGAUCGCGUUGAUUGCCACUCUGAUUGUCCUGGAACUGGGGGUGCUUGCUGCUUAUGGUCUUGCGGUGCGAGUGUUGACACCAGACGUGCCCGUUCGCAACGUGGGUUUCGUGCUUGUCGUUGCGGUGGUCAUUCUUGAUGCGAUUGUGUGGAUGGUAUGGGCCCUGGGCCUUGUAACCGGUGCCGCCCAGACAGCGCUUCUCAUGGUGGGAGCACGCGUGGCUGCGUGCGUGUGGGGGGAGGACUACUGGCUGCUGGGUCAUUCAGGCGUGUUCUUGGCCAUGGUCGCUCUUCUGGCGCACAUGGUGGUGAAUGCCAUGCUCCCUGCGCCGGACAGCCCGAAGGUUCGACGGCAGCGUGCAGCAGCGGACAUGUUGGAGACAUUGCAGUCAAGGAUCUCUGGAGGAUCUGGAUCUGGCGACCAUGCCAUCCCGGUGAGACUCGAGGCCGCCGGUACCCAAGUUGUCAAAACGUGGAAGAGGUGGCUGCCCCCGGCGGUGCUCGUGGGCCUCAUGUUUCUCUUCGCUGGCGAAAUUGCCUUGGUGACCCUUCGCUUUGAACCACCUUCGAUCUCUUGGUGCAACACAUGCGAACCGCGCCCGCAGCAGUACUACGCAGGCGUGGCCUUGGGUGCUGCUUUUGUGUAUGCAGUCUCGCUGUACGGCCUGCGGCGGUCAAAGAUAAAGGCUUUUGGCAAGAAGGGCCCGCUGCUGGAGACUGCUCCCCUGGGCCUCGUGCUACCAUACCUUUGCUGGGUGGGCGUUGCCGCGUACACAUCCUGGGUCGCCGACAGCUGGGCCGUACUGGUUCACGUCAGCUUUCUGCCGUUGAUUCUGGGCUUGUUCUUCUCCGCGCAUCAUCGCUGGGUGGUGGACGAUUUCCACUUGACUCCAAGGCCUCCCGGCUCAACAGCCAAGAUUGCGCCAGAACCCACCAGCUCUGCUGGUACUGCAGGUCCAGCUGGUGACCCCGCUGGUGCAGAUGACCCCGCUGAUCCUGCUGACCCAGCCGACCCUGCAGCUGGAGCCAGUGGACCGGCCGGCUCUUCCUCCAGCUCUGGCGAGGAAAAGCCUAGCUGCAUUAGCAGGGUGCCUUGGACGGUGCGCAUCUGGCUAGUGACCCUCAUCCUGGACAUCGCGUACGGUGUUGUGCUGCACCUGGUUUCGGAAGUUCGCUUCCGUUGGGUUGGAUGGAGCAUCAGCGCCGGAGUCCUCGUGCUGGCGCUGACCUUCAUGAGCAACCAGAUGUGGUUUGGCACUUUUCAGUUGUACCCAGAGCAGCCCCUCUUCUGGGGCUUCAUUGUGCUCAUUCUUCUGGCCUGGGCCGGUGGCGUUUGGUACUUUGACCGCGCCAUGCAGGUGGACAACUUUGCCCUGGUCUUGCUGUGCGUUGUGGUCCUCUACCCCGCGGUUUACAUGGCAAUCCUCGCAUUGCAGGUCCUCCGCGACGCCAAGUGGAGCCCCAAGGAUGCUUCAACAUUUCGCUUUGUGCGGAAUGCCCUGAUCUUCAGCACUGUCAUCUACCUGGUCUUCCUUGGUGCUGUUGCCAUCCUAAACUGGGCUGCGGCUUUGGGAGGGUUCUGCCUGCUGUUGAUGGCUCUCAUCCUGGGCCUGGCUUUCUGGAAGUGGCUGCGCGACAACCGCUUUGUCAGCCACAAGGUAAAGCUUGCCAGCGCCAUCUCAGUGGCCUGCUGUGUCCUGGGCUCUGCAGUUGGUAUCACCUUCUACUUCCAGAGCAUCUUCGGCGGCUUCACCACGGUUUGCAUCGGGCUGACGCUGCUUUUGGCUGGUGCUGCUGCAUCGGAGGUCUCAGAUGCUCAGGGCCGAACAGCUCUGGAGAAGCUUCGUGUUGAGUCCUCCAACUUCGUGUUCCCCGUGUUCCGGUUCCGUGGCGGGGAGCUGGCUCGCGCCCACUUUGAUAUAGCUGCAACCAUGGAGGCUGGCCCACUGCGCACGAAAUGA